AUGACUGAACUAACUGAACAAGAGAAACUUGAACGCCGCCGUCAAAAGAGACAGCAAAGAAUUCUUGCCUCUGCAGGCGAUCGACUUAAUCGUAUUACCGGAACUGCAUUCCCCAACCGGUCAUCUCCUACACCUUCACCAUCAACCUCUGCUUCGUCACUGGCACCUUCUGAAUCAUAUUCAAAAGAGCUUCCUCGGUCUCGGUCUCCUUCACCAGCUUUAUUUGGCAGUGCUCAACCCGUGCUGCCGGCCGAUCCUGCUAAGCGUGUACAACAACAACGACGAGCAAGUGAUGAGGAUCCUUGUGAAUCUUUGGGUGCACCGCCACCACUCUCAACCAACGACCCUCAAAUACGUAGUCUCGAAGAAUUUGAUGCUAUGCUUGGGCUCCCUCCGUCUUCAUUUUCUCAACAAAGACAACCACAAAUGGAUAAUCUGAACGCGUUGAAUGAAAUGUUUGGUGGGCAGUUACCAUUCAAUCCUGCGAUGUUGGCUGGCAUGCAAGGGCAGCAGCAACAGACUACGGAAGUAACUAGUGAUCCCUCAAGGCUUUAUUGGAAUUUGAUCCAUGUUUCGAGUAUGUUAUGGCUGGGAAUCUAUGCAGUCUAUACUGAGUGGAACACAGUUGGAAAAGACCGGUUUGCAAGUCUAUUGUGGAUGAACCCAACUGAGUCGAUCAGCAAUGGAUUUACAGGUGUACAAUUUCCUUUAUUCUGGUAUUUUGUCACUCUGGAAUUAAUGAUGCAAGCAGCUCAGAUGUUCUUUCAAGAAGGUCAAGCUCACUCAGGUUCCAUGUUGGGAAGCUUGGCUGCACAAUUGCCUCAUCCCUUCUCUACUAUCAUCAUCACUGGUCUACAUUAUCGUACUCUAUGGUCCUGUCUGGUUCAAGAUUGUUGUAUUCUUGUAUUCGUAAUCGGUAUAGCAGAAGUAAUCUCGGCUAUCUUGGUCACCUAA